AUGUUCUCUGAAGAAGGACGUCGAACAUUUGAAACAAGCAUUCUAGGGUCGGCUGCCAUCCACACCGUGGAGCCACACAACAUCCAAGCGAUGAUGGCCACCAAAUUCAGUGACUUUGAACUGGGGAAAAUGCGGCGCGGGGUGCUUUUCCCACUGAUAGGAAACGGAAUAUCUGCAGCUGAUGGCAUGGUCUGGAAACACUCGAGAGCAAUACUGCGCCCUCUAUUUUCGAGAGCUCAGAUGAUGAACCUUGAACUGGAAGAAAAGCAUACCCAGAACUUGCUUCGGCAACUACCAGUCGAUAAAGAUGGCUGGACAAACCAGAUCAAUAUUGUCCAGAUGCUGUUUCAGUUUACGCUUGAUUUUACCACCGAGUCUCUUUUCGAAACAACCGUACACUUGCAACUUCCCUCUUCUCUGCAAACUUCUAGCGCUGAACCUGAUGGAUCUUUUACGUCGCAACUUCUGGCAAAGAAUUUUGACGAUGCAACACAACAUGUACAGAGGCGCUUCCGUCUACUAGACCUUUACUGGUUGCAUAACCCCAAGAGCUUUCGGGAGAACAUAAAAGAGAUCCAUCGGUUUAUAGACGUCUGCAUCCAGGGCGGUAUAGAGAGGACACGACAACAAGAGAAACAGGAGUUGGAUACAAAGCACAAAUCCAGCUUUCUGAACGGGUUACUUGAUAAGACGAAAGACCCAACCGAGCUGAGAAACCAGUCGUUAAAUAUUCUGAUAGCCAGCCGUGACACUACAACGAGUCUCAUGGGUUGGACAUUAUGGCUACUGGCAAAGCACCCAGAGAAGUACGACAAACUACGAUCGCAUGUCCUCGCAGAUUUCGGACCUCACAACCAAACCAGUCAGAUCACCUUUGAGAGGCUAAAAUCAUGCAAGUAUCUGCAGUUCGUCAUGAAGGAGGUUCUUCGGCUUUAUCCUCCCAUUGCCAUCAACAGCCGCAAAGCGACGAAAGACACAAGCCUGCCUCUCGGAGGAGGACCGGAUGAGAAAUCGCCCAUUUUUGUCAAGAAAGGACAGGAUGUCAUCUUCUAUGCUCAUAUAACCCACACUCUACCCGAGUUCUGGGGUCCAGACGCCAAUAGGUUUGACCCCGAUCGCUGGGCUAAUUACAAGUCCAGCUGGGCAUACCUUCCUUUUAGCGGCGGGCCUCGCAUAUGCCUCGGACAGCAGUUUGCACUCGCCGAAGCAGGGUACCUCAUUACUCGUAUGAUUCAGAAGUUCGACCAGGUUAAGCUUGCGGAUCCUCAUGCUCCUGCUACUCAUAGACCUAGCACUACUGAUUCGCCGGCGGACUAUAUGAUUCACUUCCACGAAGCGCCUACGAGCGUCGAGUAA